AUGAAUUCAUUAAUUAUUUUGAUGUUCAUCGGAGCUGGGUACUGUAUGGAUGCUAACGCAUACAGAAUGUCAUUUGGAAAGCGGAAUGUGAGUUUAUCAUUAAAUUGUCAAAAUUAAUUUCUGACCAAAUAUCAUAUUUUUCCAGAUCCUUGAUACAACUCGCAUUGAUCCAAACGCGUUCCGUAUGUCAUUUGGCAAAAGAUCAAUUUCAAACGAAAUGUUCCAAGACCAGGAAGAAGUUGAAAAACAAAAAAGAAUGGAUACAAAUGCAUUCAGGAUGUCAUUCGGAAAACGUAGUAGCAACAAUGAAAAUAGCGAUAGUAGUAAUGUAAUUUUGACUUUGUUUUGAUUCUUUCAAAAACUUUUUUUUAUUUCAGGAACUCUUCGAGAACGAAGAAAAGCGGAUGGAUUCGAAUGCGUUCAGAAUGUCAUUCGGAAAACGAAAAAUGAACUUGGACCCAAAUAGUUUCCGAAUGAGCUUUGGAAAGAGAAGUGUACGUAUUUUCUUCUUUUUAGCAAUCAGUCAAACAUUUUUUUCAGACCUCUGGAUACAAAGUUGACGCUAGCAACUUUUUCGUUGGUCUCGGACGUCGAUAA